AUGAUCUGGGUGCCAAAUGAGGCACCGACCUGUCAAGAUACACAAGCUCCGCAACUUACCUGCCCUACUGGCAUCGAGACGAUCCGUGCAGCUGAGGGAGAGAUGACAGCGAUGGUUACUUGGGAAGAGCCAACGGCAACUGACAACUCAGGGGAAGAAAUAAUAACACCCGUACAGACAACAGAAAUAGAGAAGGACAAGCAUCACCCAGCAGGCUACUAUGACAUCCGGUAUAAGGCUACUGACAGUUCAGGACAAUCUGCGGAAUGCAUCUUUGGCAAAAGAGUUGAAGCUUUGACGUGUCCUGCCUAUCCUGUCCCAGAGAAUGGGGAGGGAAUUACUGGCUGUACCGAUGCAGCAUUUGGGCAAUUUUGUAAGAUCAGCUGUGAUCCUGGCUAUGAUCUGCAAGGCGCUUCUACAGCGAGGUGCAUCGCAUCUGAAGUCGGAGUAGAUGAAGGAGAGUGGGACCAAGAAAAUGCAUCUUGUAUUGUGAGGACUUGCCCAGCGAUGUACUCCCCAAAUCACGGCAGCAUCAACGACGAAUGUGAUGGCCAGAAAGUCCCCUUUGGAACUGAAUGCCACUUUUCCUGUGACGAAGGCUAUUGGCUCACUGGACAAGAGACAAAUAUUUGCUCAGUAGAGGGAAGAUGGGAACAUCCAACGCCAUUCUGCAAAGCGAAAACGUGCCAUUCAAGUGAGCUUCCGAUUCCAACAAAUGGUGUCAAGAGUAGCUGCCCAAAUGAAGAGGAAUACUACGGAACAACAUGUGUCCUAUCCUGUCUGACUGGGUAUCUACCAAGAGAACAUGCUCAGGUGACAUGUGAGAACAGCGAGGAUCCGACCCGGGGAGUGUGGGACGACGACAAAUUUUCCUCCUGUGAAAUCGUAACUUGCCAAGCUCCAGAGAAGCCAGGAAAUGGCUCCAUCGAAAGAUGUCAGUAUGAUGGCGAGAACACCGAUCUGACGACUGAUCAGAAGUACAGCACCGUCUGCAGCAUGGCCUGUGACGACGGUUUUACAGUCACCGGGGGGACACUCAGUCGCACCUGCACCGAGAUGGCGACCUGGGAUGGGAGUGAGCUACAAUGUGAAGACAUCACCAGUCCCCAGCUCUACUGCCCAGAUGAUCAACUGUACUUCACAGAACAGAGAAGGACAUCGCACGAUCCAGAUUGGUCAUGGGAGCCAGUUGAGGCUACCGACCGUGGACUGGCAAUUUAUGCAGCUUUAUCAAAGAUCAAUGCACAAGUGGUGACUGACAGACCACAAACGUUGUCAGAGGGCGUCCACGUCCUAGAGUAUGAAGCUGUAGACGGAGCCGGCCUAGUGUCCACAUGUACAUUCAAAGUCACUGUCCAAGUGACCAGAUGCCCCGUACUUCUCCCACCAUCGCCACCCUUUGGGCAAAUAGACCUCGUGCAUGGUGAAGUCAGCUGUAGCAGUGCCGUGUAUGGGUCCCAGUGUAGGCAGUCGUGCAUGAGCGGGUACCACCUGACUGACACGAACGACGCGCUACUCAAUUGUACCAGAAAUAGCGACUCAACAACGAUUGGUGUUUGGGAAGGAACUCUUGGCAAAUGUGAACAGGUUUUCUGCAGCGCCUCUUUCUCCUUGACGAACGGGCAGGUCACCCCAUCCGAGUGCGGCAAUAGCACCUCACUCCCUUAUAGCACGCUGUGUCGGUUUUCUUGUGACAAUGGAUUCUUGGUACAAGGACCUAUCUUCAGACAGUGCCUUUCUGACGGCACAUGGAGUGAUCUGAGAAACACAAGCUGCAAAGACCAAGAGCCUCCCCAGUUCACAGUGCCUUGUCCACAGUACAUCGAUGCCAAUGCCAGGAGUGGCACCACAGCUGAAGUAUCAUACACGGAGCCAAUGGCAACUGAUAAUUCUGGAAAUGUUACCAUACUAAAGAGUCCAGCCAAUUUGAGUCCUGACAGUACCUUCCCCGAGGGGACCACGAGAAUAACCUACACAGCAAUGGAUGCAUCUAGCCUGGCUCGACAAUGUGUUGUCUACAUUCGCGUCAACGUACUCAGAUGUCAGCGUCUACCUGCACCGCUGUGGGGAUCGUACGACAGCUGCCCGGUGGACUCGCCACUGGGGUCAUCCUGCAGCUUCAGAUGUAACGAGGGUUACGUUCUCAAUGGUCCUGGCACCCAUACAUGUGAGCUGGAUGAGGGGCUGGGAACAGGAUUCUGGUCAGGAAAUGAAACAACUUGUGAAGCCAUCACAUGUCCAGCGAUACAAACAAAGGCAGAUGUCAUCAAGUCCGGCUGCUUCUCGGAGCCUCCACAGACAGAAAGAUACGGCACCACCUGCCAGUUCUACUGCCCGUACGGGUACGGCGGUGUGGGGGAGAGCAAAGCUCGCUGCUUAGCAAACAGCAGCUGGAGUGGAGACCCUGAGGAGUUCAGCUGUGAAGGUUUGUAUUUGAAUUCGUUAUUUCCAUGUAUUCUUUUUUGUUGUCCCAGUAGCAUACGUGUACCGUUGUUACUGAAGCGGACGUGUUCACCCCUGAAAGCAUCAACCGAGUAUCGAACUGUGCCUACCACCUGUACGUCCAACCCCUCCUACCUGGACACCUGUAUUCACACCUGCCGAAGGAGCGGAUACAGGCUGCAGCCUCCUGGUCAUGAAUUCACAACCUGUCUGGGGAAUGGACAAUGGACAAGGGAUACCAGUAAUCUGACAUGCAUUGACAUUGAGCCACCAAGUUUCAUCUACUGUCCCCGCGACAUCACCGUGUAUGCUGACAGAGGAGACACCGGGGCGCUUGUCAACUGGACCCUUCCAGUGGCUGAGGACAACUCUGGGGAAAACCCUACACUGACCUGGAAUAUUUGCCCUUGCGUACUUCCGGUUGGGGAGUAUGACGUUGUCUAUGUGGCAACGGAUGACGCAGGCAACCAACAGACAUGCGAGUUCACUGUGAAAGUUGAUGUGAGACGAUGCCAGCGACUUCAUCCUCCCGUCCACGCUCACUUUACCAGUAGAACCUGUGACAACAGUUACGGCACCACCUGCCAGGUAGCGUGCUCCACAGGGUACCAACUGUCAGGAUCGAGCAACGCCACCUGCGAAUUCGACGGGACGAUUAUGUACUGGGAGAGAGAGUCGCAGCCGUAUUGCUCAAUUGCAACAUGCAGCGGUCUGACUCUACCAGAAAACGGUGAUCUGUAUCCUUCCUUCUGUACUACCAUGCCAACGUACGGCACAACGUGCCAGUACUUCUGCCGCAAUGGGUACUCACUGCACCCAGAUGUGGAAGCAUUGACCUGCACGUCCAGUGGCACUUGGAAUGGGUAUAGCACCACUCCAAAUUGCAGAGACGUAACCUCCCCACAUCUGCUGAGCUGCCCCGGACCACAAAGUGGCGUUCUUGAAGGCACGAACCCCACAGUGACCAUCAGCUGGGAGGUACCUACUGCUGUAGACAACGCGCCUGGGCAGCUGCGGGUAGUCACGACUCCGGCUGGGAUCGUCCCACCUCACAACUUCAGCCAAGACACAGAAGUCAUUUACACGUUCUAUGAUGCGGCUAACAAUUCAGCGGAGUGCCGAUUUCAGAUCUACAUUCAAGAUGAACUGGUCCCUGUUGUCAGGUCCUGCCCAGACGACAUAGCACAGACAACAACUUCAGCGGACACACUAGUUAGCUGGGAUCCUCCAGUGUUUAAAGAACUCACAAACGACGCCCUCAUCAUUGUCCCAGACCCAGCAACGUUUUCAAGCUCAUCUUUUACUCUCGGUGAACAUUUCGUCACCUACACUGCCACCAAUCCUGACAAUGGGAAGAGUGCUGUUUGUUCCUUUAGAGUAACUUUGACAGCUAUCCAAUGCACAGAUUUGAAUGCACCGCAGAAUGGGGCAUUGUCCUGCGGUGAUUGGGGAGAUCGUAAGACCUGCACGCUCCUGUGCAAUGACGCAUUUGAUAUACCGAGAGGACAAUCAGGUGAAAGGCUGUACCUCUGCAGAAAUGAUGGCAUCUGGACUCCCCACGACAACGUACCAGACUGUACAGCUGGAAGAAACCCAAGAGUAAACCAGCUUCCAUCUGAACUUCAGUACUACUCUGGAGAUUGCACGGAUCAGACCACUAAGGACAACAUAGCCGCGGCCUUUGCACAGUUGGUUACAGACAGUGGCUUCUGUACGGUAGCCGAUGGCUGCUCGGUGGACGGCGUCGAAGUCACCUGUGGACCCAUAUCUGCGACUGGGAAACGCCGAAGGCGCAGAUCUACCCCCACACACGUCAUAACGAUCAAGUUUAACUUCCAAGUUGAUUUGAGCAUUCCACCCGACGACGUACUGGCCGAAGAUGAUUGGUAUGCCUCUGAGGAAAAACUGAAGGAAAUUGCCAACAAUUUCGCAACAAUCCUAGAAUCACACGGAGAAUCUCUAAACGUGUCAGGACUUCUGACAGAAAUUAAUGCUACAUCCUUUUGGCAUGACGACUUAUCUUUUCUGGCUUGUGACUACGGAUAUGAACCCAACUAUGCCUCACUAAAGUGUGUUGGCUGUGGGACUGGAAGAUACUAUGACGGAGAACAGGACGAUUGUGUGAGCUGCCCUGUGGGAACGUACCAGACCCAGUUUGGCCAAACUUCGUGCAUCCCCUGUCCUGAAGGAUUCACAACUAUCAGGGAAGAGGCGAGGAACCUAACCAAGUGCUUACCCAUGUGUCCUCUGGGUCAGUACAGCACAACUGGAGUGGAACCAUGCAGUCCAUGUCCGAAAGACACCUACCAACCCAUGAAUGGAUCAACACAAUGUGUCCCAUGUCCAAACGAUACAAGGACGGCCAGCGUUGGGGCAACAUCUGUUGACAGUUGCCAUGAACCCUGUGCUGCCGGAAGUUUUUCACUGACAGGAGUACACCCCUGUCAGCCCUGCACAAAAGGCAGGUACCAGCCUUCAACAGGAAAGACGGCAUGUCUGCCAUGUGAUCCUCACUUGACAACUGUUACUGUCGGUUCAACAAAUAUUGAGCAAUGUAAAGAUCCAUGCAGAAACAUUAUCUGCGAGAAUGGAGGCACUUGCACAUUUACAUCUGGCAACACCAGCUGCAGCUGCCUUACUGGGUUUGAGGGAGAGAGGUGUGACAACAACAUUGACGACUGCAGCUCGCAACCCUGCUUAAACAACGCCACCUGUGAGGAUGGAGUCAACAACUACACUUGCAGCUGUGCUGAUGGUUAUUCAGGGGCAGAGUGUGCCGUCAACGUUGAUGAAUGCGAGUCGUCCCCGUGCCAAAAUAACGGCACAUGCGAGGAUAGAGUCAACGGUUACACCUGCGACUGUUACACGGGAUACGAAGGACCCCACUGUGAAGAGGAGUCAGACUGGUGCGCCGACAACCCAUGUAGAAAUGGUGGCACCUGCAUCAGUAGCGCCCAAAUUGCAAAUAUCGUCUGUCAGUGCGGUGACGGUUUCCAUGGUAACACCUGCGAUAUAGAUGUUGACGAAUGUUUGUCGCAACCUUGUCAAAACCAUGGUACGUGCAUCGAUAUGAUCAAUGGGUACCAGUGUAUUUGUUACCCGGGUUAUUCUGGAUCAGAAUGUCAAACCGACAUAGAUCUCUGUGAAGACAACCCGUGCCACAACAACGGCACCUGUGUAGACCUUGGGUUAGGUUUCAAAUGCCUUUGUGGAGAAAAUCGAGGUGGCGAACUUUGCGAAGAUGAAGCAGACGCCUGCACACGACAGCCUUGCCAGAACGGAGGCACAUGCACGUUCUCUGAAGACGGUUCCUACAACUGCACAUGUGGUCCUGGAUAUGCAGGAUUCCACUGUGAGGACAAUAUCGACGAGUGCGCAUCGCAGCCGUGCUCAAAUGGUGGGACAUGUCAUGAUGGUCACAACGGAUUCUCCUGCGAGUGCCCUGACGGCUUAGCCGGUACAACCUGCGUGGACGUAGACGAUAGGUGUGCCCCGUCUCCGUGUGCAAACAAUGGGACGUGCACUGCUCAGGAAAACGGCAGCAUCAAGUGUGUGUGCUCGGCAGGGUACGGCGGAGAUACAUGUGAUCAACAGCUGAGCAGCUGUGUAGACAAUCAGUGCGCCCACGGUGCAACCUGCCAAGAGGAGGACUCGUCAUAUUCAUGUGUUUGCCCACAAGGAUAUACAGGUUUCUUCUGUGACAGCCCAAUCGACAACUGCGCCAGUGAGCCCUGCUUCAACAACGCCGUUUGCGAGAGCACCAACUCCUCAUACACGUGCACCUGUCCGGUUGGACUGGAAGGAGAACAAUGCACCAAUGAUACAGAUGAGUGUUCCACCUUUCCCUGCCUUAACAACGGCACCUGCAUCAACAGUUUCGGAUCGUAUGAAUGUAUCUGUGACGAUGGUUAUGCUGGGGAGGCCUGCGAGGUCGAUGUGGAUGAAUGUUUGUCCAUACCAUGCCUCAACGGAGGAACUUGCGCGGAUUCGGUAAAUGGCUAUUCUUGCGAGUGUGCACCGGGCUAUGGUGGAGAGGACUGUGGAGAAGAUGCCGACGAAUGCUUGAGUAGCUCUUGUCUGCACGGGGCCAUUUGCUCAGACGUGUUCAAUGGUUUUACGUGUCACUGCACACCUGGAUGGGAAGGGGACACCUGUGAGAUCAAUAAAGAUGAAUGUGCAGCGUCUCCAUGUCAAGACAAUGGGACAUGUGUGGACUUGGUAAAUGACUACCGAUGCGAGUGCCCAGCAGGUUACAGUGGCAAGAACUGCUCGGUUCGUACUGUAUCGUGUUCAAGCCAGCCUUGUAAUAACAGCGGCACAUGUGAGGAGAGAGAAGAUGGCGGAAUACACUGCACAUGCACGGAAGGGUGGACAGGCACGUACUGCCAGAUCAACCAGGACGACUGCACACCCAAUCCGUGCAGAAACGGGGGAAAUUGCAAAGACCUGUUGAACGGAUAUCGAUGCGAGUGCACACCGGCAUUUACAGGAAGUGACUGCGAAGAGGACGUCGACGAAUGCCUUGGACAUGACUGCCGAAAUGGAGCAACAUGUGAGGACAGACUGGGGCACUACAUCUGCAGGUGCGCAAAAGGAUACGAAGGAGCUAGAUGUGAACUGGAGACCAACGAAUGCGACCCAAAUCCUUGUCAAAAUGGAGCAACCUGCAUUGACGAGGUGGCCAAUUUCUACUGCUCUUGCUCAGCUGGGUUUCAGGGAGAAAUUUGCCAAGAGAACAUCGAUGACUGCGAAACAUCAAGUUGUGAGAAUGGAGGCGUUUGCAUCGACGGGAUCGAUUCAUUCUCGUGCCUGUGCAAAGACGGAUACAGUGGCUUUAACUGCAGUGAAGAUGUGGACGAGUGUGCCAGUGGUCCAUGUGGCGACAAUGCUGUGUGUCAUGACGGUAUCGGCACAUACACAUGCACAUGCAAGCCAGGGUAUACUGGAAGAGACUGUGAGACAGAGCUUUCUCCAGACUAUGAUCUACACUUUCCUGGAUCAAGCACAUCCGACUAUUCCAUCCUACCCUACGGAAUCCAGGAAAGUUUGAAAGUGUUAAGGAUGGGUGCAUGGAUCCGCAGUUCCCAAACAAGAGGAACCGUCAUUUCGUACGCAGUUCAAAGUGGAGACAACUUCGAGCAUGCAUUCUCCUUGAGCAACCCUGGAAAUGUCGUCGUCACUAUAGGAGGGGAACCUGUCACAACUAACGUGCGUGUAGAUGAUUAUGAGUGGCAUCACAUUGCAGUCAAGUGGCUCAACCGUGGAACUCUGGUUGUCUACAAGGAUGGUGACGUGGCCUUCGAUACCAGAGAUGUGCAAGUGGAUUACGUGAUUCCGCCAGGAGGAUACAUUGUCCUGGGACAAAUGCAGACUCAGUCGGGAGGAGGCUUCCUAGUUGAAGAUGCCUUUGCAGGGGACAUAAGUCAACUUUACAUCUGGAAGCAACCGCUCAGUAUCACUGAACGCAUGGAGAUGUCGUCAUCAUGUGGCUAUGUUCCGACUGAAAGCAUCAGGGCCUGGCCAGACUUCAGGUGGUCAAUAUAUGGACAAGUUGCUGAGCAGGUGCCAAGCCUUUGUGAUGUUUUGACUGUUUAA